AAAAUUGAAUAUAUUUGUGGAAAAUUUAUUGAAGUGGCAGUUCAACGGAGACCUUCACAGUACAACCAUUCAUUAACAGUGACUGAGCUAGUGGCCCUUUACCGCAAAACACUCGCAAUGUUUUUUUAGUUAUUACGAAAUCAGUUAUCUUGCCUCGGAUCUUGCUGUCAUAAUUAUGAUUUGAACAUUUUUGGUGUAAAGUGAACCGGCGUUUAAAUCUUCAAGUAGUUUCAUUACAAAGUGUAUUAGCAUCAUCGUCAUUCAACGAACAACGGCUGAAUUAAGGAAUUAUUUGAACCGCUGGAUUGCCUCAAUUUGCCUUUUUAUUCAUCAAAAUGUGUGUCUGUAAUGAUUCUAUUACGAGAUUUCUCAUGAUGACCCCCGAGGAGGCGAAACGAACACAAAGACCUUACCGAUAUGGAAUGUUACUGUUGUGUUUCGGUGCCCUAAUUAACUGGGUUGGUUUGGCUGAAAAUUACACCGAACCAAUAAGAUAUGCUGGAGUUGCAUGCAUUUUAUUAGGAGCAAUGCUAAUCUGCACGGCGAUGUGCUGUUGGCUUCGAUCACCAGGUCCAGUUCCGGUAACUCGAUCAUUUGAGACAGACGAACCAAUCCAUGUGAUCACAGUUCCUGACGUGCAAAUGCUUGAAAAACCACCCGAAUACGAUUCGGUCGUAAUCGAACCACCCAGCUAUGACCAUGCAAUAAAACUUAGUCCUUCCGUCCUGCUGAAUCCAAACACAUAUAAAUAUGCAUAUCGAAACAGUAUUGGCUCGGCUGGAUCGUCAUCGCAGCACAAUGAUAGCGGCUGCUGUACACCGUUACCAAAUCAAAUUGUCGAUGAUGAGGAUCGACGAUCAACUUGUGAUAUUCAAUUGCGAAAUGAAAGAUAGCUGGUAGCUCUCGGUGUGUCGUGUUACGCCAAUACGCCAUUAUUCUUACUCUGCGAUGCUGUGCAUUGAUUUUGUAGCCGAAAACAAUGAUUUCAACAAAAAAAAGUUUUAACGGGGUCAAUAAAAUGAGGAGAGUGGGAUCGGUGGGUUGUUUCUUAGUUCUUUAAGUUUAUAAAUCGAACGUUGAAAUUCUAGUCAUGUAAGUGUAGUUCUAAUCACGAUUUACAGACGGCUAUGCCAUCUGUUAUCAAUAGCAAGCAGUGAGCCCUGGAUAAUGUUGUGGGAAAUUAAUGCUAAUGGCUUGCCGUCUGAAGGAGGAUAAUACGAUAAAAUAUUCAAUCAGUUCAAUGUAAUGCGUGUUUGUGAUAUAUGAUCGAUUCGUAGAAUUUGUGUACGAAUAUUUGUGAUAAGGUCAUGAUUCUAUUGUUAUACCAAAUAAAUUCAAUGAAA